GCUUAAAUAAUAAUUAAAACUAAUGUGGAAUCAAUCCUUUCCCACUGCUUACAUUCAAAGCCAAUAACCAAUUAUCUAUCCAAUUUAUUAUAUGCCAAUAGUCUAAGGAUAUAUCGGAUAACAAGAACUUUACUUCAAAAAUUAAUAUUUACAAUAAUUACCUACCUAAAUAGAAAAGAAUAUUGCAUCAGAGGUGUCAAAAUUACCUACUGAGACAUCUUAGGUCUAAAUAAAAGAGAAAUAAUAAGAAGAAAGUAAUGGUUCAAUAAUAAUGACAAAUAAACUGAAAUCAAAAAAAUAGAUAUUAGCAUUAAAUCUGUCGCAAAAGUCUACAAACAUAUAAAAAAAUUACGCAAAAGCUAUAGUCUAAUACAUUAUUAGAUAGAGAAUCGAGAUAUUAAAGUAUCUAGAUGAAAAAUAAGGAAUAGAAUUUUUAAAAAUCUUAACACAAUUAAAAAAUAACAUCAAAAACAUCAACCAUAUAAAGAAAUACUUAAAAGAUGAUAGCCAAUUAAAAUUAUUUAGAAUUAUAGCAAACAGAUUUUUAAAGAAAGAAGCUAUUGGAUAUGUGUAUAAUUCAAAUAUCAGAUCAACUAGUCAUCAUGUUUAAUACAGAAAUAAUAUAAGACUUAAUUUAUAGAAAUGCUGAAAAAAAUGCCAGAAAGCUAAAUGAAUUUUUUAUUUUCAUAUAUUUAUACACAAUUUAAAACAAAGUGGUC